UAGCUCGUGUUGCUGCCCGAUUUAUUUAAUUUUAUUUUUAUUUAGGAACCUGCGAUAAUUUAAAUUACACGCCGCAUUUUUAUCCUCUACUAGUUUUAAAAGAGCCAACAAAAUUGCUUCUACAAUGACAGUGACGCGGGUAGCGGAGUCCCGCACCGAAUUUAAAUUAAAAAGUCUACCCGACGACGCUAUUUCCAGCGUCAAGUUUGCGCCAAAAUCGAAUCAAUUUCUGCUGGUCUCAUCAUGGGACUGUUCCGUGAGGCUGUACGACGUGACGGCCAACGUGGAGCGGCACAAAUACACUCAUGAACUGCCAGUAUUGGACGUUUGUUUUAGAGAUGCGGUCCACACGUAUAGCGGUGGAUUAGACCAAACUUUGAAGAUGUACGAUCUAAAUGCGAGCACAGAAGUGGUAUUGGGGGAGCAUAAAGGGGCUAUAAGAUGUGUGGAGUUCACCAACGAAGUAAAUGCUGUGUUGACGGGCAGCUGGGACGGGACAGUCAAGAUGUGGGACAGCCGAGUGCCCAACUGUGUGGGGACAUACAACCAGGGCAAUGAAAGGGUUUACACAAUGAGUAUUGUCGGUGAGAAGUUUGUGGUGGGUACAUCUGGGCGUAAGAUAUUUGUGUGGGACGUACGAAACAUGGGGCAUGUGAAUCAACGUCGAGAGUCAUCACUCAAAUAUCAAACUCGGUGUAUCCGAGUAUUCCCCAACAAACAGGGCUACGUACUAAGCUCUAUUGAAGGCCGUGUCGCUGUAGAGUACUUAGACAGUAACCCUGAGGUGCAGAAAAAGAAAUAUGCAUUCAAGUGUCACAGAAUUAAAGAUGGAGGCUUAGAGAAAAUAUAUCCAGUGAAUGCAAUAAGCUUCCACUCCGUGUACAACACUUUUGCAACGGGUGGAUCUGAUGGUUACGUCAACAUCUGGGACGGGUUCAACAAGAAGAGACUGUGCCAGUUCCAUAGAUACAACACAGCGGUGUCGUCUCUCAGCUUCUCUCACGACGGGUCAGCGCUGGCGAUUGCGUGCUCGCAGCUGGACGAGACACAGAUAGAAGACCCCAAGCCCGAGGACACCAUCUACAUCAGAUACGUCACCGACCAGGAGACUAAACCAAAAUGAAUGACUCGAGCGGUUAUGGCAUAAUCCUUAACGUUUUAAAUUACAUUGACUCCACUCUAUUAGUCUAUUAUCUUUCUUAGUGAGUGGUUUAUUUGACAAUUAAAUUCGCAUUACAGUACAACAAAAUGAAGCACACAUCAAUACAACACAAACUGAACUGAAAUAAAUAAACUAUAACUUAACUUACCUACAUGUACACUGUACAGUAUACAGUGAUUAUGCAUUUUGGUAGUUGGCAGCGCAAUGCGGACAGCUAUGGAAUUCAAGUGCAUAUUAUGUCACCGUGAUCAUAUAUAUUGGAUCCUAUAUAUGAUCAUAGAAAUGAUCAUAUAUAAAUGAUAAUGUAAUACCCCCCUAAGCGAUGGAUUGUUAAUAGCCUUGCCAUUCAUUGAGCUAGGGUGGGUUGUUGUAAUGUACCUUUAAACUCCGAUCUGUAUAGGCUUAAAGAAUCUUUUAAUAAUUAUUACUAUAUUGGUUAAAGUUGGUAUCAA